AGAGCCCCUAAUCUUUGGUCAUUCUUCAAUUAAAUUACUGAUUAAGCAAAAUGGAACUUAUUUGCCAUUGAAGGGGCACGCAGAAAUUCUGUCUGCGUCUCCGAACGAACUCUCUUCUUCUUCUUCUUCUCUCGAUCAGAUCCGUUUUGCUUUUCUCGAUAUCGAACCAAUUGGAUCGCAUCUUUGGAAAAUUCUCGAGGAGGAGGAAGAAUAACCUUUGAUCUGAGAAAAGUUUCGCAUCUGAUUUAUAUCGGGUAAAAAAUCGUCUCUUGCCGGAAUAGAGACGACCCUUUUUCGAAAAGGAUAGACUUUGACUGAUUCGGUGGACACCAUGGAUGUUCCUAGCUCUUGGGAUGCUUUACGGAAACAGGCCAGAAAGAUUGAAGCUCAGCUUGACGAGCAGAUGCAUUCAUAUCGCAGACUUGUUUCGACAAAGGCGUUAACAAAGUCAGAUGGUGCAGAGAGUGAUCUUGAAGCUGGGAUCGACUUACUGCUAAGGCAGCUGCAACAAGUAAACGCGCAGAUGCAAGCAUGGGUUUCUUCAGGUGGAUCAGAAAUGGUCUCGCAUACUUUAACUCGACAUCAGGAGAUCCAACAAGAUCUGACACAGGAGUUUUAUCGACAUCGCUCCAGUCUUAGAGCAAAACAAGAGCAUGCUUCACUUCUUGAGGACUUUAGAGAAUUUGAUCGGACUAGAUUAGACUUAGAAGAUGGGGAUGGGUCUACAGAACAAUCCCUGCUCAAGGAACAUGUGGGAAUCAACCGCAAUACAGCACAGAUGGAUGGUGUCAUUUCACAAGCCCAGGCGACACUUGGUACACUCAUGUUUCAGCGUUCAACUUUUGGAGGCAUCAACUCAAAGCUUAGCAAUGUCACCAGCCGUCUACCCACGGUGAACACUAUUCUGUCAGCGAUAAAGAGGAAAAAGUCGAUGGAUACAAUCAUUCUUUCACUCGUUGCUGCUGUAUGCACAUUUCUCAUAUUCAUCUACUGGUUAACCAAGUAAAAUUUGCCCAUUUCUUUCGAUUCAUGUCUCUGUUGGGCCACGAGUGGUUUUCCCAUGAUGUUCAUUUGUUCUGUGAUAAUCGGUGUUCUAGAAAAGAAUCUAAAAACAUAAAUAUUUUGUGUACAGCAAGUUUCAUCCCUAUCUUUGCAGUUUAGAUGAGUUUAUACAACCCUCUCUGUUCCUCUCAAAUCUUUUACUGGAUAAUUUUUUUAGCUGUGU